UUUUAUUUAAGCCACCGGCGGUCGUGGAUUGCGGCUGGAAGCGCCCAGAAGAGAGCUCUCUGCCCCGUGGUCAAGCCUCGCCGCGUCGUCGUCACCCUCGCCUUUCCCCUAGGCUUCCGCCGACCAAAGCUCAUACUGAGACAAAGGAAUCAGCUUUGAUCUGUUUAGACCAGUCAACCUCAACUAGCAAAUUUCAUGUCUGAUCUCGACGUCCAGCUUCCAUCUGCUUUUGAUCCGUUUGCGGAAGCCAAUGCGGAGGACUCCAGCGUUGGUACUGGAUCAAAGGACUAUGUGCAUGUGCGCAUUCAGCAGCGCAACGGAAGAAAGAGUUUGACUACUGUUCAGGGCUUGAAGAAGGAAUACAGCUACAACAAAAUCCUUAAGGAUCUGAAAAAGGAAUUCUGCUGUAAUGGCACUGUAGUUCAAGAUCCAGAGCUGGGCCAGGUCAUUCAACUUCAAGGUGAUCAGCGUAAAAAUGUUGCGACAUUCCUAGAUAAGGCUGGAAUUGCAAAGAAAGAGAGCAUCAAAAUACACGGGUUUUAGGCCACACACAAUGCCUGUGUGCUAUUAUAUGAUAUAAGAUAUUGAAGUGCCUGAAGCCUUGUGAUAAUUCCACAGUUUUUACUACAUAUAAGACAUUUGCAUUAGUGUUGGUGUGAGCUCUUGGUUAUUGAUGCAACCUGUCGUUUCAAUAUGGUUUGUACCCGUAGCCUGUAUGAAAAAUCGGUUCUGUUACAUCGUUUUCUGAAUAAUAGUACAUUGUGUUUAUCUAGUA